GCUGAUGCCGCGCGAAGGCAGCCCCGCGGAGCUGUCCUUCCUGAGCACGCGGCCCGUGUUCGAGCAGCGGCAUGCGCGCGUCGUGCUGCAUCCGGCGUCCCUGUGGCCGCCGCUGUUCACUGUCGAUUUGCCGGCUGCCGUAAAAUUCGGCGGCCUCGGUCAGCUCCUGGCGCACGAGCUCAUGUAUGGCUUCCACUCGGCGCUCACUCGAGACAUGGCCGAUGGUCUGAAUAGCUCGGAUCAGUGGCGCCCAGAGACUUUCGGGGAGUACAAGGAGCGGAUGGCGUGUUACCUGCGCUCGUAUGGGAACUACGGGGAGCGCCACUCCUACAGGCACGCGCUGGCGACGGACACCGCAGACGCCGAACGCUUCAGCGACUUCGCCUCGGCGCCCGUCCUGUACGCCGCGUUCCUCCGGCACGCGAGGAGCCGCGUCGCUACGUCGUCCGCGGACGUUCGUCUCCCAGACGUGGACGUGGACGGCCGGAAGCUGUUCUUCCUCGCGUACUGCUUGACGCUGUGCUCUGCAGGCGCCGACGGCGACAACGACGACGACGACGACUUUGGGAGCUUGGACGAAGCGGACACGAGGUGGCACCGCGUCUUGAACCCGGAACAGCGGUGCAACGUGCCCCUUAUGCACAUGGUGCAAUUUGCCAGCGCUUUCAGUUGCACCCACGACGACGACAUGAACCCGCCCAAGAGGUGCUCGUUCUGGUGAAGACGUCGGCAGUGUGCCUCUUUCGUGAUAAGCCUUUUCGUCUGUUAUUUGUUUUUGCGUCUCUUUCCCUGCCCUUUUGGCGGAACAUUUUGUUCUA